AUGGCGAAUACGGCUCAAGUCGAACAUGAAAUAUCGUUAUUAAUAAAUUUCAUCCGCACGAUUGGCAAAUCGAAUCCAUCGACUGGCAAAUAUGAAACUACGUUCGGCGAUUUAUUUCGUAAUGACGAUGUGCAAAAUACGUUCGAAAGUUUAGCAGGAACGCUGAAGGCUGCUAAACGUCGAAAAGUCAUCAGUUAUUCAUCAGAAUUGCUUCUGCAAGGUGUUCAUGAUAAAGAAUUGAUCGUAUUAGAGAAGACGGAAAGUUAA